AUGGCCAAUCGCCUGCCUCCUCUGAAUGAUGUGGCCCCUUCCUCGGCCCUCGACUCUUCCUCGGGAACCCGGGAGACCCCAGUCGCGACCGACACCGUUAACUUGGACACGGAAUAUGUGAAACUGGAGGAUUCUCCUACGCCAUCCGCGUUGACGCCUGCAGAUGCAGAUGCAGAAACACCGGCGCCAGACACUGGCGGGCCUGCGGGGCGGAAACGCAAGUUGAAUAGUAGUUCCGCAAGAGGUGUAGCCAAUCUCACUCCCGAGCAGCUGGCGAAGAAACGAGCCAACGACCGACAGGCCCAGCGGGCAAUACGCGAGAGAACCAAAGCUCAUAUAGAUUCGCUGGAACACCGCGUCCGCGAGCUGUCUUCUCAGAAGCCAUUCUUGGAUCUGCAGGCGGCGUUGAAGCAGAAUGAAGCCAUUCGAGCCGAGAACCGCGACAUCAAACAGGGGUUGAAGGCGAUCAUGGAUGUCAUUCAGCCUUUAGUUGGAAAGCACGAAGCAUCUAGUGCUAAUCCUCCCGCCUCUGCAGCCGCUCCCUCGGGCACGCAUUCAACCCCCCCUUUGUCUACAGCACCACCGUUUGCAAAAACCAGUUACUUCAGUGACACCAGGCCAACCAAUGUCGACCAUUCCUAUUCCGAGGCUUCCGCAAGGAUUGAGACUCCCUCAUCCACACACUCGGCGCCUUUGUUAGGCACCAUCCGGCGCGAAAGCGCCACCAAUGGGACGUCAGCUUCGUUUCGCAUUGCGUUCGACUAUCAACGGCACAACCUGACGCAUGGGUUAGAUUUUGGGAGCGAUGAAAGGAUGGCCUUUAACUUUCUACUUGAUGCGUCUCAACAAGUUCCAAAAGUGGAGGGCUUCCGCCGCUCGCCGGGGAACUUCCGAGCACCCCCAAUGAACGCUCCUCCGGCCUACCCGUCGCCGAUCCACGGCUCCAUGGCGGAGCAAUCUCUGCCCGCCUACAUGACGCCAAUCCGAAACAUUGCACCAACCUGCACGCUGGAUGCAAUCCUGUUGGACUUUCUCCACCAUCGACAGCGCGAAGCAGCUUCGGGGGUCCCCCAGCAAAAGCUAGUGGGGCCUCCUUAUCCCAGUGUCUCCUCCCUGCUUAAUCCAGAAAGAGGUGCUUACUCACACCCGUUAUCAAAGGUGUUCACUGAUAUCCUGCGCACCUUCCCCGAUAUUUCCUCCCUUCCGGAGCAAGUAGCUGUUUUUCAACUGGCCAUAUGA